AUGGCUCAGUCAUUGUUUACUCUGCUCAUUACGAACCCCUUGCUCUAUCUUUUCUCCACCUUCUACGUUAUUGCUCAGAAUUUUGUUGCCUGGAUUCUAGGACCCUCAAGGUCUCCAUCGAAUCGCUUUGAUAAGGGCUUACCAAAGAGAAAGAUCGCUAUCAUCGGUGCCGGCUUGACGGGUAUCUCAUCAGCGGCGCAUUGUAUCAGCCAUGGCUUCGAGGUGCAAAUAUUUGAGGCACGCGGGAAAGAGAAGGGAUUAGGAGGUAUUUGGAGUCGCGUCAACUCUACAUCUGCAUUGCAAAUCCACAGCAUCAUGUAUCGGUUCCACCCAACCGUGCGAUAUAAACACGCAUACCCCAACCAACACGAAAUUCGCGACCAGGUCGUCGAUCUGUGGAAACGAUAUGGAUUAGAGAAGCGCACCGAAUUCGGAACACCAGUCACGUCUAUUAAAAAGGCAAAGUCAUCUGGCAAGUGGGUUAUCAAUGACCACCCAGAGAAAUACGGGAGCUUUGAUGGCGUGAUUACAGCCGUCGGGGUUUGUGGAGACCCUAAAAUGCCCUCUUUACCAAAUCAAGAUCAAUUCAAGGGUAUUAUCUGCCACUCGUCAAAUCUCGAUGGCAAGGACAUCAAAGGGAAAAGAGCUCUCAUCGUCGGAGGCGGUGCAAGCGCAAUUGAAGCACUAGAAUUUGCGGUCCAUUCCGGAGCCUCUGAGAUCGAUGUUCUUUCGCGAUCGGAUAAAUGGGUCAUUCCGCGCAAUAUACUGGUACAGUCUUUGCUGGCCUGCAACAUCUGGGGAGAGGAGACAUCUUUGGCGUGGGUGCCUGAGUGGCUCCUUCGCAAAGUUUUCUAUCGCGGUCUAGAGGAUAUUGCACCUGAGAGUGGCCUGUUUACCACGACUCCCAUGGCAAAUUCCGAUCUUUUCAAGCUCAUUCGAGAAGGCAAAGCACGUUGGCUACGUGGUGAUAUCCUGUCAGCGCAAGAGGAUGGUAUUAUGUUCAAUCACCGAUCAAAGGAUGUACCCAAGGGUGGACCUGGCCGCGAGAAAGUCGUUCCAGGCGAUAUCAUUAUUAUGGCUACUGGUUUCAAACGACCAUCGCUCUCGUUCCUUCCCGACGACGUCUUUGAGGAUGAUUACUCCCCUCCUGACUGGUAUCUCCAAGUCUUUCCUCCCAAACACCUCAGCAUCUGCGCCAGCAACAGCACCUACGUCAACGCUAUUGGAACAGUCGGAAACGUCCAUAUCGGAAUCUAUACGCGGUUCUUGCUUAUGUUUCUGACUGAUCCGCUCACACAGCCCACAGAGGGCCGAAUGAAGACCUGGAUAGAUUUCACUCGCUGGAUGAAACAGGGAGCACCGCCUGGAGCGUUCGAUUUCUUUACAUACACGGAGCUGCUCUACUGGUUCGUGUUCCUUGUAGUGAUCAAUCCGUUCCGCUGGAAGUGGGCGGUCUUCAUUCUUUUCGGCAUCGGGCAGACACUUCCUUUGGAAAUUGUUAGGGAAGAAGAGGCUUUCCGCAAGAGGUUGGGAGACCAACGCAAUUGA